UGAUCUUCUCGUCUUCAGAUCCAGGGACAUGGACUGGUCCUCUGGUCCACUGGGCCUGGGUGUGGUAGCAGGACUCAGCUGUGGACUGGUCUGUGGGUGGUACCUUCGGGCCCACUUUGGCCCCUCCCCCCCGCAGGUGAUGAAGGCUGUGGGGAACGACACCACAGAAUCCAGCGUGAUGGGAGAGGGCGGCGACUUCAAGAUGGUCCUGGUGGUCCGGACCGACCUGAAGAUGGGCAAAGGGAAGGUGGCGGCCCAGUGCUCCCAUGCUGCUGUAGCGGCCUACAGGCAGGUCCAGCGCAGGAGCCCCGAGCUGCUCCGACAGUGGGAGUACUGUGGUCAGCCCAAAGUGGUGCUGAAGGCCCCCGACCAGGAGGUUCUGAUGGACCUGCUGGGCUCUGCUAAACAAGCAGGUCUCACUGUCAGUCUCAUCCAGGACGCAGGACGGACUCAGAUCGCUCCUGGCUCACGUACGGUCCUGGGGAUCGGUCCAGGUCCAGCUGAUCUGAUCGACAGGGUCACUGGAGACCUGAAGCUUUACUGAACCUCAUACUGUCAUAGUUUUACUAAAGUUUAUACUGUCAUAUUUAUACUAAAGUUUAUAAACUUUAGU